GGCAUAAAAGCUAAUGGGGAGAAAGUAAUGGAGAGAGAGAGAGAUGAAAGGAGGGAAAGUGGAAUUGAGGGAAGCUCACAAGAGCGUCGAUGGCGCCCCUUCGCACUGCUGCCUGGUCUGGGACGGCCAUGGUGAGCAGCACAUCGUUACUGCCGGUCCUGACUCUACCGUCAUUAUCCACCCAUACCCACUUUCCUCCUCCUCUUCUGUGACGCUUCGUCAGCACAAUUAUGCGGUGACGGCGCUCGCUGUCAGCUCCAACUCUACCUCCCUGGCCUCUGCUUCUCGAUCCGUCAAACUCUUCACGUUUCCAGGUGGGGAAUUUGAACGGGAUGUUUCUAGGUUUACCCUACCCAUCCGUUCCCUUGCUUUUAAUAAGUCAGGUAGUUUAUUAGCAGCGGCUGGUGAUGACGAUGGCAUCAAAUUGAUAUCUGCAAUUGAUGGAUCAGUGGUCAGGGUACUCAAGGGACAUAAGGGUCCCGUGACUAGUCUUUCUUUCGAUCCAAAGGAUGAGUACUUAGCAUCUGUCGAUGGGUAUGGUACUGUUAUAUUUUGGGAGCUUUCUUCAGGGAAAUCAGUAAAUAUUCUUGAAAAAAAAGCACCCAACAAUGGCUUGGACAUGACUAUCUUGAAUGGAUUAAGCUGGAGGCCUGAUGGAGAGAUGCUUGCUGUUCCUGGCCUGAAAAAUGAGGUCGUAAUGUAUGAUAGAGACACUGCUGAGAAACUUUUUACCCUGAAAGGGGGCCAUCUUGAACAAGUCACUUUCUUGUCUUGGUCGCCCAAUGGAAACUAUCUAGCUACUUGUGGACUGGACAGACAGGUACUCAUUUGGGAUGUAGAGCAGAAACAAGAUAUCGAUAAGCGGAAAUUUGAUAACAGAAUUUGCUCAAUGGCAUGGAGACCUAAAGAAAAUGGUUUAGCAGUAAUUGAUAUUAUGGGUAAAUUUGGUGUUUGGGAGGGUGCUGUUCCUUCUCAUAUGAAGUCCCCUGUUGAAGGUUCCCCCAGUGUUCGUUCCCUUGUGAGCGAACUUUUCGCUCCUGAUGAGGAAGAGAAUCAUGGCACAGGUUGUUCUGGUAGUCUAGGUCAGAUUGGUGGGGAUGAUGAUGACUUGGAUGCUCCAGUCGACAGAAAGAGAUUACACAAGCGGUCCUAUUACAAGGAUGAUUCUGAUGAAGAUAGCAGCACCCAUCUUGGCCCAUAUUCAACGAGUAGGCCUCAUAAGAAGCCUAAUGCUAAACCUGCAGGGAGAGAGAGAGUUGGAAGUGAAGAACUUGUCAGCUCCAGGUCAGGAAGGUCAAAGUUGGUCAUGCAGGAAGCUUUUCAACCAGGCUCUACACCAAUUCAGGAUGGAAAACGUCAUUUUCUUUGCUAUAACAUGAUUGGAAGUAUAACAUCUCUUCAAAAUGGGGAAUCAUCUCAUGUGGAGGUAGAUUUCCAUGACACUGGCCGGGGUUAUAGAGUUCCUUCAAUGACUGAUUACUUUGGAUUUACAAUGGCUGCUUUAAAUGAUCAUGGAUGUGUCUUUGCCAAUCCAUGCAGGGGUGAGAAAAAUACCAGCACUCUUAUGUAUCGCCCCUUCAGUAGCUGGGCUAACAACAGUGAGUGGUCCAUGCGGUUUGACAUGGAUGAAGAAGUAAGGAGCGUGGCCCUUGGUGUUGGUUGGAUAGCAGCAGUAACCAGUCUCAAUUUUCUUCGCAUUUUUACUGAAGGUGGCCUGCAGAACUAUGUUCUAUCUGUUGAUGGACCAGUGGUUGCCACUGCAGGCCACAAGGAUGAGCUUGUUAUUGUUACGCAUGCUUCUGAAUGUCUUCCCAAUGGAGAUCAGGUGUUGGAAUUUAACAUGUUGGAUAUUUCCAAAAGAACUCUAAUCACAAAAGGCCGCUUGCCACUGACUCCUGGUUCAUAUCUUACUUGGUUAGGGUUCAGUGAAGAAGGCUUACUAAGUUCAUAUGAUUCAAAGGGUGUUUUGCGAGUGUACAUAAUGCAGUAUGCAAAUAGUUGGGUUCCUUGCUUUAGUGCUGCAAAAGAGAGAAAGGCUGAGGGAGAACAUUACUGGGUGGUUGGCUUAAAUUCAACAAAGGUCUUCUGUAUUAUAUGCAGUUUGCCUGAUCUUCAUCCACAGGUAGCGCCAAAGCCUGUACUUACACCCUUCAGCCUUGCAUGUCCUUUGGCUUCAUCAGAUCUUGGAGCAGAUGACCUUGAGAAAGAGUUCAUGAUGAAUAACCUAUAUAUCGUUCAGGCUGAGGGAAAAAUUGCUGAAAUGGCUGCUCUUAGUCUCGACGCCACUUUGCAAGAUGAAGAAAUACUCAAUCUGGAAGCUUCACUAGAUCGGUGCAUCCUAAAGCUCAUUGCCAGCUGCUGCAAAGGUGAUAAGCUUGUGAGGGCCACUGAACUCGCAAGACAUUUAUUGCUGGAAAAGUCACUCAACGGUGCCAUCAAACUUGUCACUGCCAUGAAGCUUCCUGUUUUAGCGGAACGGUUCACUAAUAUGCUUGAGGUGCGACUCUUGGAUGAUUCUCAAGCUACCACUUCAGCUGCUGUCACCAGAGAAACAAUUAUUCCUGUUUGUGAACCACAAAGAUCUUUUGCUGCAUCUGAUGGUUCACCUUCAGUUCCUUCACCAGUAGCUUCUAUUUCGUUGCCUUCCCCUGUAUUUGCCAAGAUGGGUCAACCAAAAAUUAAGGAUGAGACCAUCACAGAGAAAACAAGUUUCAAUAACUCAAGUGAGUCUAAUGGAAAGGAUAUGUCUGAUCCAGUUUUGCGGCCAUCUAAUCCAUUUGCUAAGGCAUCAAGUGUCCAAGAACGAUCAUCAUUAUUUGAUUCAAUUAAGCAAAUGAAGAAAGCUGAUCUUAGUUCAAAUAAGGUGGCUGAUGAACACAAGAGGAAAGAAAGUAUCUUAGUCAAAGAAUUUCCGAAACCAAAGAAACCAGUGAAAAAGUGAAUAUCAGCAGAACUAUUGAAGAACGAGGGGCCUCUGAAGUCAUGAAUUAGCAUUUGGUUCAGAGCCAGAGCUCUGGAAACGUUCAGCAUGAAGCAGUUGUAAAUUGAAAGUGCAAUUAUCAUCUACUUUGUCCAGAAUGGAUUGGAUGCACAACCAUGCAAAGUUAUUGAAGCUGAUAAUUUUUUUUUAAUGAAUCCUGGACUGGACAACUUGGGGCAAAUGGGAGCUUUGUUCCUUCUUUUGCUCCUUGAGUUAUUUGUGGGUUAGCUUGAGCACAUUUGCAAUUUUUGUAGUAAAGUCAGUUAUGAAGUAAAUGCAAAAGCAGAAUAUACAUGUGAAAAUCAGAAAAAUGUUGCAUUAGCAAGCACUACAUCUGUAAUGGAGCUUAUUGGAAAGCAGAUCUCAGCCAUGUGGAGGAGCCUUACUGAUUUUUCACUAGAACUUAAAAGAAGUGUCUUCUCAACCUUUCUCUUCUAUGUCCAGCAAUACUCAUUUAUUAGAUGCUUAAAUUUUUUAAUACUGGAGCUGUUAAAUUACCUGCUUCAAGCAUCUGAAAGGUUUGUGCAAUGACUCAGCUUACCAAAUUGCCUGCUCCAACCAUCUGAAAGGUUUGUGCAAGGACUCAGCCUGUCUAGUCAGUAGACAUCUGACUCAUCAGAACUUUUUGGUACUGCUGAAGAGGUCUGCUACUCGGUACCUACAUGACAGGUGUCGUUCAAUUUUGUAGGCUGCUGUGGUCACACUAUUUGUGUCUGAUCCUGCUUAUGGCAGCCAAAAAGCUACAGAUAUCGUUUAAUCCCUACCAGACUCACCUGGAUAGGAGAGUAGCUGUUCGUUCACUGUCACCAUGUUUGCAUCUUUCCAAGUUCUUGCAGAACACCUUUUGUUUUUGUAUCUUGCUUCAAGUAUUUGCUAUUGAGAGAAGAUGAAGCAUUAUUGUUGAGUUGAAUCUUGUUUACUGUAUAUAUAGGACCCAGAUGUGAAUAUAGUAUGACAUGUUUGCCAUGGAUGUGAUCUGAUGCUCAUUGGAAUUCUUUGUAAGAAAUCAUGGUUUACUGGGGUACAUGACCAGAUCAAACCAAGUGGUUCUGUGAUAGUUUCUUGUUACAUUGUCUACUUAGCAUAAGAAAUGGAUUGGGUGUUCAAAUUGAGAGCUA